CGUGCCAGCGACAACUGAUGGGCCGCCCACAAAGCUUGGCAACUUUGCGGCAGCUCCUGAUGAGAUGACCCGCCUGCGCCGCGCCCUCCUCCUCCUCCGCCGGGGCCUCUCCUCGGCGGCGGCGGAGCUACCUCCGCCGCGCCCGUCUGCCGGCCGCCGCGUGGUCGUGACGGGGCUCGGCGCCGUCACGCCGCUCGGACGCGGCGUCGGGACCACCUGGGACCGCCUCGUCGCCGGCGACUGCGCGGUGCGCGCGCUCGCCGCGGGGGACCUCCGCCUCACCGGGGACGCGGCCGGGAGAACGCUGGAGCAGCUGCCGUCCAGGGUCGCCGCCGCCGUGCCGCGCGGGAAGGGCGAGAACGAGUUCGACGAGGAAGCCUGGACUAAGGACAGUAGAUCUAUAUCGGGAUUUAUAGCAUAUGCUCUAUGUGCAGCUGAUGAGGCUUUGAGAGAUGCAAAUUGGCUGCCUUCGGAAGAUGCGAAGAAGGAAAGAACGGGUGUUUCAAUUGGCGGGGGAAUCGGAAGUAUCUCAGACAUUUUAGAUGCGUCACAGACGAUCACUGAAAAUCGUCUACGUCGCCUCAGCCCAUACUUCAUCCCCAAGAUUUUGAUCAACAUGGCAUCAGGUCAUGUCAGCAUGAAAUAUGGUUUCCAGGGUCCAAACCAUGCUGCUGUGACAGCUUGUGCCACAGGCGCUCACUCUAUUGGUGAUGCUACACGGAUGAUUCAAUUUGGAGAUGCAGAUGUGAUGGUGGCUGGAGGAACAGAAUCUAGUAUUGAUGCUUUGUCUAUAGCUGGAUUUUCUAGGUUAAGGGCAUUGUCUACAAAAUACAACUCUCUUCCGCAAGCGGCUUCGAGGCCCUUUGAUUGUGGUAGAGAUGGAUUUGUGAUCGGUGAAGGUUGUGGAGUCAUGGUGUUGGAGGCACUCGAUCAUGCAACAGAACGGGGUGCAAAGAUUUAUGCAGAAGUUCGAGGCUAUGGCAUGUCUGGUGAUGCACACCACAUUACUCAGCCACAAAAUGAUGGUAGAGGUGCUAUCUUAGCCAUGGAGCGGGCAUUGGAGCAGUCAGGACUCCAGGCAGAUCAGAUUGAUUAUUUGAAUGCGCAUGCAACAUCAACUCCUCUUGGGGAUGCUGUGGAGGCUAGUGCAAUCAAAUCUGUCUUCGGCCAACACGUGACAUCCGGUGGUCUUGCGCUAUCCUCAACAAAGGGAGCAAUUGGUCAUCUGCUAGGUGCAGCUGGAUCAGUGGAAGCAAUCUUCACCGUGUUAGCAAUCCAUCAUGGGCUGGCGCCUCCCACGCUCAACCUGGAGAAGCCUGACCCGCUGUUUGAAGGCGCGUUCAUGCCUCUAACCGCCGCGAAGAAGAUGCCCAUACGAGCUGCCAUCUCGAAUUCUUUCGGGUUUGGCGGGACCAACGCUUCUCUGCUGUUCUCCAGCCCGCCCUAGCAGUCCAACAUCACCCUGUUUCCUUUUCCCCUCCCUGAAGACUGAAGAGGCUGUGUACCAGAAUAUCCUAAGUUUUUUCCCGCAAAGUAAAUGUUGGAAGGCACCAUCCGCAUUGAGCCGAAGUUGGGGGCUUUCAGUCACUGGCCCUUGUUGGAUUCCCCCUGAGUCCGCAGCGUUGCCCAACUUGUGUUGUGGGCGUUAACUGCUGAGAACUGUAAAAUAUGCAAAAUUAUCGGUGCGGUUCUUCUUUCUCGGAGAGAAUUUUGGCGAUGAAUACGGGCAAGUCGUUCGAUUCUGACGGUUCGAUUUGUCCAUGAAAUGAAAAUAUUGUGCUUAAACAUAUGCAACAUAAAAGUAUGCAAUGGAAUCAGACAA